AUGCGCCGUUACUUUGACCAGUUCGGGGACAUUCUUGAGGCGGUAGUCAUCACCGAUAAGAACACCGGCCGAUCCAAGGGCUACGGUUUUGUGACCUUCCGGGAUCCAGAGUCUGCUAGGAGGGCCUGUGCCGAUCCCACCCCAGUCAUUGAUGGCAGACGAGCAAACUGCAAUUUGGCAUCGCUUGGGAGGCCACGGCAGCCAAUGUCUUACGGGCGCUUGAGACCAGCUACCCCAUAUGUUGCCAAUGUGCAAGCUGGAAGGGGAGCUUACGUUGGAGGUGUUGGCUACCAGCAGCAGCUUCCUUAUAACUACCAGCAAGGAUUGGUAUAUCAUCCAUACGGCUAUGCAGCCUAUGGGCCUGAAUAUGUUUACCCACAGGGUGUCUACAACCCUUAUUCUGGCCAACAGUACCUUCAGAUAUACGGAGUACCCGGGGCGGUCAACACAACUGUUUAUCCCUAUGGACAGGUAGGUCAAACAGUUUAUGGUGGUCACUCAUAUCCAGCAAUGCAGGGAUAUGCCAUGCCAGGCCAUCAGCUGGUGCAGUUUGGUGCUCCCAGCGUUAGUGGUAUGACGACUUCAGCUAUGCCCUCAAUUCAAGCACCAUAUCCAGCAGGGAUAGCAACACAUGUUCCUGCACAACCACAGUUUAUGGUUCCUUCUCCUUCUCAGUAUAUGCAAGGCAGCGGUUCUGACCAAACAGCUGGGUGA